CUCGCAAGUACUUUUUUAUUGAUCGAUAGUCACAGAGCUUACUAGCUGAGGGAUUGUACGUGUACAAUCUUAUAACAGAUGCUAUGGGCGAUGGGAUCUUCGCUGUGGAUGGGGAAAAGUGGCGGCAUCAGAGGAAGGCAUCAAGUUCUCAAUUCUCAACAAAAGUACUCAGGGACUUCAGCAGUGACAUCUUCAAGACCAAUGCAGUAAAACUUGCUAGCAUAAUUCAUGAAGCUGCAAGCUGCGACAAAUCAAUAGAGAUGCAAGAUUUGUUUAUGAAAUCAACCUUAGAUUCAAUCGUCAAGAUUCUACUUGGUAUCGAUCUACAAACCAUGUCCGGAACAAACAAUGAUGGAAUCCGGUUUUCCAAUGCUUUUGAUGAUGCAAACGGAGCUACCCUUUAUCGUGUUGCUGAUAUCUUCUGGAAGAUCAAACGGUUCUUGAACAUUGGUACAGAAGCAGUGAUGAGAAAAAAUGUAAAAGUGAUGGAUCACUUUAUAUACAAUUUAAUCAACAGAAAGAUUGAAACACUCCAUAAAUCAGAAGAAGAUGAUGAGCAACCUUUAAAGAAAACAGACUUUAUCUCCAAGCUUUUGGAAGCUAAAGAGACUGAUCCAAAGUACUUGAGAGACAUGGUCCUCAGUUUUAUUGCUGCCGGCAAAGACACAACUGCUUCUGCUCUUUCAUGGUUUCUUUAUAUGAUGUGCAAGCAUCUCAGUAUACAAGAAAAGAUUGCCCAGGAAGUUAGAGAAGCAACAGGUCUGAAUAAUACUUCAAGCGCUGAGGAAUUUGUAGCCAACCUUACUGAAGAAGCCCUGAGCAAAAUGCAAUAUCUCCAUGCUGCUUUGAAUGAGACACUCAGACUCUAUCCUACAGUUCCAAUGAAUGCGAGGGUUUGUUUUUCUGAUGAUACCUGGCCAGAUGGACAUAGUGUUAAAAAAGGAGAACUGGUGAUACUCCAACCUUAUUCAAUGGGCCGGAUGGAGUUUAUAUGGGGUGAUGAUGCAGAAGAGUUUCGGCCAGAGAGAUGGCUUGACAAAAAUGGCAAUUUCCAAGAAGAAAGCCCUUUCAAAUUCAUAGCCUUCAAUGCCGGUCCAAGAAUUUGUCUCGGAAAGGAGUAUAGUUAUAUCCAAAUGAAGAUCUUUUCUGCCGUGCUUUUAAGCAACUACAUAUUCAAGCUCACUGACGAGAAAAAGGUUGUGAAAUACAAGACGAUGGUCACGCUCCAUAUCAAUAGAGGCCUUCAUGUUCAUGCCUCUCCAAGAGUUUGAGCAUGCAAAAAAAGUUAGAAUGGAUGUUUUGUCUGAAACAUCGUUCACUUGCCCAUUGUUGUUAAUCAUUGGAGUAAGAAAUGCAUCAAAGUUCAAAUAAAAGAGGCUAGCCUCUUCAAUUUCAUGUUUUGUUCUUGUUUAUUUGAUUCAUAGAACUUGUCGAUCGUCAACAACUUGUAGUGGAUGAGCAUUCUCCACACUAAAUCAACAUAUAAUUGUAUAUGCAUCAGUUUGGUAAGUUGUAUUACAAUGAAAAAGAAAUGCAAUAGAAUCAU